CUACAUUUUCAUCUUUUCAUCUUCGUCCUCAUCGAAUAUCUGUGCGGGCAUGUUGAAGAUCUCCACGCCGUCCUCGAAGAACACCUGAUCACCCUCGCUGAAGUCAACGCUUCCGCGCUUGUACUUGAUCAUAUCGGAAUCAAAUGCGCGAAGCAACUCCGCACCCUCGUACUCUUCAUCAGCUUCAAUCGACUUGACGAAGUCAUCACCGCAGUCGAGGCGUCCCAUGUCCGUGGUGACACGAGAAAUUUCAUCGAUAGCAACGGCGUCGACGUGUAUUACGUUGCUAGUGCUCCAGUAUACUCCGGGCACAGGGGCAAUGAGGGCGUUCAUGAGUGGCCGUCUUUGAUGGCUCUUUCUAUUCGACAGCUGUCAAUCGUGAAGCUUGGAGUACUGAAUGCCUCCUCAAAGGUGCUUUGUGCCUCAAUACAGGUAGUAUAUUUGCGCUUUGUCUUGCUGCGUGGGCCUCUGGUCUUCUUCUUAGCCUUCCUUGCCUUAUCUGCGGCUACCUGGCGAAGCUCCUCG